AUGAGACAAAAUAUAUUCACUAAUAAUCAAAGACCACCAAGUACAACCAAAGAUAAAAUGUAAUAGCAAGCGUUGCCCAAUUACCCAUUGCUACUUAAUAAAACCUAAUCAACACCCACUCAAGAGAUCAAAACAUAUUCCCCUUUUUCGACAUACGGUUCAUCCACACUAAACACUCAAUCACAAUAAACAAGCGCUAUUGAAUACAACAUCCAAAAACAAUAUCCCUCUUAAAUUAAUUAAUAACAACAAUUAAGUGUCAUGACAACUUCCCUAUAGACCACUCAAAAGACCACUUCAACAAUUUCAUCUAUGACUUAAUCUCAACCAGAAUAAUAUUAAUAAAAAUCAAUGAUUAAUGUCAGCAAAGGCAUAUGCGGUUUAAGAAAUAUUGGCAAUACCUGUUUCAUGAACUCAGUUUUGCAGUGCUUACUUAAUGUUCCUGCUUUUAAUGAACAUUUUUUAAAUGGUGACUACUUAAAAGACUUGAAUUCUAAAAACAGCUCUGUUCCUAAUGAGUACAGCAAAUUAGUAUCCACCAUCAGAAACACUCCAAAUUUUCAAUCUAUUGCUCCCUAUGGAAUCAAAUCAGCAGUUGAAAUUGUGAUGCCCUGUUUCAGAGGAUAUGCUCAGUAAGAUGCCCAAGAAUUUUUAGUAGGACUGUUAGACGGUCUAAGUCUUGGCUUAAACAGAGUGAAGAGUAAACCAACCUAUAAAGAAAUGAAUGACAAUGUUAAUGGAAGAACACUAUAAGAUUUAAGUAAAGAAUGGUGGGAUUACUCAAAAAGCAGAGAGAAUAGUUUAGUCCUUGACUAUUUCCAAGGACAGUUAUUGCAUACUAUCAAAUGUAGUGUUUGUAGCUACAGUUCAUUUGCAUUCGACACCUUCUAAGAUACAUCCUUAGCAUUUACAAGAGCAUUUAAGAUAUUGGAAGACAUGGAUUUAGAUAGGCUAUUAGAUAAAUAUGUAAUCGAAGAAACUAUUGAUGAUUAUUAUUGUUCAAAAUGCAAAAAGCAUUAAAAAGUAAAACGCAAAUUUACAAUUUGGAGAUUGCCUCAUAUCUUAAUGUUUCAUAUCAAAAGAUUUGAUUACCGAAGAUUUUCCAGCGACAAAUUAAAUCAUAGAGUCAAAUUUCCAUUGGAAUUAGAUAUGACUAAAUUCAUCUAGGAUUCACGUAAGACAUUCUUAAUUUUAGUCGACUAGUCCACCAAAAACUGUUAAUACUCCUUAUGUGGAAUAGUAAAUCAUAGUGGAACUUUGUAUGGAGGACACUACACUGCUGAUAGUAAGAAUCCCUACAAUUAGAAAUGGUAUCGCUAUAAUGAUUCUGAUGUUAGAGAAAUUGAUAUAAAACAAUAAAGAUAUGAUACCGAUGGCAGUAGCAGUCCAUACAUAUUGUUUUAUGCAAGAAAAUCACUUUAUUGA